AUGGGGAGUGAAGAAGAAUAUUUUAUAGUACGGUACCGAGGACCACGACAAGACCGUGAAGCAAUAUAUAACUGUUUGACUGGUAAAGCAAAUGACUUCGGUCAGUAUUCGGCAUUUCUUAAGGAUGUAAAUGUCGGUAGAGCAAAAUGCAUGAAAGAUGUCUUCGAUUUCAUCAUGCCAUCUGAAUCAACGAAUCUCAGUCGGAAACAAAACAAAUCGAACGAAAAGCGUCGGUAUUCCAAUCAAAGUCACUCGAAUUCAUCUGGAUAUUUGCAAGAAUUCCAAGAAGGAACAGACAAUUUAGAAUAUAGAGGUGAACUACGAUCAAUCCAACCCCUAUAUGCAUCAUCUUCGUCUGCUCCAGAAUCUUUGGUCGAAACUACUACAGAUAGAGAAGUGAAAGAGGAGUAUCCAGAUGCCUACCCGUAUACAUUACCGUCAACAUCCAGACAGUUUCCAAGUUAUCAACAAGUGCGAGUUCAAAACGAUGGUUAUAUGCAGCAACUACCUUCUAGAAUUCCAUAUUCUCCACAUGGUACGACUGUCAACAGAGGAAGAGCUAGAAACAAUCAGUACUACCGACCGUACCCCACCGUCACCUCUGACCAACCAAGAACUGAGUUAGUAUCAAGUCAAACACUGAAGCGACACAACAUUUGCUUCGAAAGAAAAGCGGAGCAUUAA